CUCUGCUCUGUAGUUAGUUUGCCUCUCUGCUGGUCCAGCGUCAGGACAUCCAGUUUCAACCAACUACCUGUUCAAGACAACGCGCCGUGGACAUCUUUCCAGACAUAUCAAAAUCAAUAUUUUUGUUACACCUUUGCCAGUGCAUCGUCGCCGUUUCACUGGUGACCACCCGUUCAGAAUAACCGCACUGGGACUUGUAUCCCCGCACUCGAUUGCUGCUCCGUCUGUCAAGCGUACGCCGUAUCUGCAGGGCCCAGCCGCAAACAUCUCUGCUGUAGCCAUUUUCCACUUUUUUCAAAGAUUAGAAGUCACAACAUUCCAAAAUGGCUGAAGAAGAACCCCGUAAAAAAGUUAAUACUUAUAUUAUCAACACAAUACCCAAACCAAAAUACAAUGUACAAUUCAAACUUCUACCAUUUUACAAAUAUGUAUAUAAAUUUAUGGCUCAACCGGAGGCUAUUUAUUGUAUUCCUAUAUAUAAGCCUGGUUUGAAACAACCACAAGAACACACUAUAAUUGAGUAUGAGUUUGAGUUGCCAAAAUUAAUUGAAAAAAUAAUAAGCGAAAAAAAAAAUAAUGUCCAAUUGCAGAUCCGAUUUGGAAAAGAGCUGCUAGGGAUGAGUGAGCUGUCGGAAGAAUUACCAGAACCAAUAACGUUUUAUAUCAAUUCGCACAAAGGCACUGCCAAGAAUAGUCCUAUUGAUUAUUAUUGCAGUGUUUUUAAAUUAUUGAGUGAUACUAAGAAUAAAAUCACAAUAUUAUGGCCUCAUUGCAAAACACCAUAUUAUAUAGUGAUAAAUAUUGUAGAGUCAAUAACAAUUGAAGAUUUGGUGAAACAAGUACAAUUUAACAAUAAAAUACGUUCUAUUACACUAAACACAAAAGCUAAGAUCACGGAAUUUUUGAAAAAUACCAUAGAAAAAUCUGGUGCAGAUGGUUGUGAUAUGGCGACUCUUGAUUUAUCUUUGCUGUGUCCAAUAACUAAAUUAAAAAUGAAAUUACCGGCAAGAUCUAUGAAAUGUAAUCAUUUACAAAGUUUUGAUUUGCGUGGAUUAUUUGCAUUGAAUAAAAUAAAACCAACAUGGAAAUGCCCUGUUUGUAAUAUACCCAUACUGGUUGAUGAAUUGGUUUUAGAUUCGUUCCUUUUGGAUGUUAUCAAUACUCCAUCCGUUCCAGGAAAUGACUUUCAAAUAAUCAUACAUGAAAAUGGCAGCUGGGAAUCAUAUAAAAAACCAAAGGAAGAAACAAAAACACCAAAAACAAAUGAUUGUAAUGGCGAUGAUUCAGAACCAAUAAUGAUCAAUUAGACAAUACAAAUGUUGUAUGCUAAUGAAUAAAAUAAAUAAUAAUACGUUAUUUAAAAUUUAGUACAAAUAAUAAUUCAAGUUUUUAAUAUUAUUCUAGAUAUAAUAAUAUAUUUAAGUUAGACGUUUAAUGUAUCAACAACGGUAUUUUAUGGAUCAUUUUACAUGUCAAUUGAAAUAAUAACAGUAAAUCUAUUGUUAUAAAAUUAAAAAAGAACUUAAUUCUAAAAACUUUCUUUAAAAAAAUCCAUACUCGCAUAGUCGCAUGUAUUUAAUUGUUUUUAUUAUUUGAUAUAAUUAUUAUUACCUACUAUUACUAUUAUUAUUAUUAUUAUAAUUAUUAUUAUUAUUGUGUAGUGUGAACCUAAACUGUUUAA